UCGCACGCUUGCAUUCGCUCCUAUGCUCUUCCUUCCAGGCUCCCAAGACUUGCCGACAUCUGAUAAAAUUCUGGCCUGUGACAUACAAUUGACCCUAUUUCCACUGUUCUCAAAUGGGGGCUCACAGUUUCGAACCGAUCAAGUAGGUGGCUGUGUUUGCGAUUGGGGAGACAAAGAUUAUUGUCCAGUUCGCUGCUCUUUAUAGAGGAUGAUGGAUAAUGUCUAAUCACGAUGCAUGGAGUACCCCAUGCUUAUUCGACAACUCCAAAGUCAAUGAAUUGCAGGGGCGGAUCCUUGCCAAAUAAUUCCAUUUAACAUGCACAACCAUGCGAAGGAUAUUGCUUUUUUGGGCGACAGGGAGUGGAUCAGCCCGCAUCUUUCGUGCAGGUAGUCUACUGCUACCAUCGUUAUUCUCCUCGAAUUGCCGAUGAAGCAGACCGUGGCUAUCGGACUGGAAUGGUUAGGUUUCAAGACUAAAAAAGAAGGAAAAGAAAAAGAAAAGCGGUCAUUUUUAGAUCACCUCCAACGUGAAGCCUGGGGACUUUUAUUUCUUUUGCUCCCCUACUUUGCUUUCUUUUUCGUAGUCUCCUUUGCCCACCAUUUCCCUCCCAAUUCGCUCUCCCUCAUGGCUACAUAUAGGUGGUAGAGAUGAAAUCAUUGUAUUGUUGAGCAAUCCGCCUGAAUCACGCCACGCUUCC